AUGAUUAAAGAGUCCCACCAGGAGGUGCAGAUACACAUUAGGAAUACUCUAGAGUCUAUUCAUGAUAUUUUGUAUUUUAAGUCGCCUCGUGGGCCCCAGGAGAGGGCUGAGAUGGAUAAAGUUUUGAAGUGUUUUAUAUUCAGGUAUUUUUACUUUAUGUUAUCAGACAAUGGUAAGUUGUUGCCACUCAUGUUUACGUCUGUACAAGGAGAUAAGUUUCCGUCUUCUGUUGAGGAUGCAAUGAACGUCGACCCAUCGUCACUGCUGUCUCUGUCAAAAUCCGAUUCAUUUUACAAUAUUGAUGAAUCGGCUAACCCUAAAAAUCAUAACCACAAGGGAAGAAACUGUGGUCGUUCUUUUCAGCCAGGUGAGCCCCUCUACAGGUGUCAGGAAUGUGCUUACGACGACACCUGUGUAUUGUGCAUAAGAUGUUUUAAUCCUCUUGAUCAUGUAAACCAUCAUGUCUCUACUCACAUAUGCAGUGAAUUUAACGAUGGUAUAUGUGAUUGUGGAGACGUCGAGGCUUGGAAUGUAGAGCUGAACUGCAAGGCUGAGGAGGAUGAUAAUUCGUCACUUGAUGAGGAGAUUGCGCGCCUGUUUGAGAACGAUCAUAUAUCACAGCUAUUUGAAACGGUUCUGAGCGAGUUAUUUGAUCAUUUCAUAGAGGUUUUUAACCAGAAUAUUGAACCGCUACCCACCAUUCAAAACGAUUUAACCGUAAGACUACGGGAACUUAUACAAAGUGGUAAAAUUAAUGAAAAAAGGGAGUUACUGAACGCAUUAGCAUAUAGAAAUAGGUACAUGGAAGCAAAGAAUGAAUCAACGCAUGAUUUGGAAGAACCGAGUACUUCAACUGACUCCUUGAGGGAUUAUGCUGUUUUGAUUUAUAAUGACGAAUAUCAUAACUAUUCCCAAGCCACAGCGGCUUUGCGACAAGGUGGUCCCGAUAGUAAACAUACAGAUGUCCUCACAGCUAGAAUAGAUAGUGAAGGACGUGUAAUAUUGAAUUGCUCUAAUGAUGUAUCAUCCUUGUUUAAUGGGUUUUUCUCUGUCCAGACUAACGGUCUCAGCGCAAUAUUAAUUCCGUGGUCUGAAUACAUUCAUCAGGAAGUUUGUAAAUAUAUGAUUCACUGGGUAAAAAACUGUUUAUUAGUUCCCAAUCCAGCCUUCCAAAAGGUUUUCAGAGAGGCUAUAGGUAAAGUUUUGUGCGCAGAGUAUGACCGAGCUGCAGAGACAAAGGAUAUGACAGAGGUCAUUGAUAAGCAUUUUAAGGCGAAAUUCAACUCUCAGAAUAUUCAUAGAUAUGCAGAUCUCUCUGUUUUGGGUAAAGGUAACGUUAUACCACUUGGUCAUCAUAAAAUUUUAACAACAGAGGGACUCAAUACCAUUUCUGUUGGUCUGAACGACUAUGAGGAGCCAAUUCACAGGAAAUAUGUUAACAGUAGAUUACAACAGAUAUUAUUUUUUGACAAUCGGUAUUGGAAGAAACUGAGAAAAGAUGUGCAACAUACCAUCAUCCCUACUUUGGCUUCUUCAGUUAAAUAUAAGCCAUUGUUCAGUGAUCAAGUUGUUCAGAUUUUUAAUCAUUUAACUAGGUCUGUGACAUUUAUGGAUAGGGAACCUCAACUAAGUGUUUUAAGUGACUGUGUGGUCCAGCUAUUUACAUGCCCCACUACAGUUAGAAAUCUUUUUGAAAGUGGUAACUUCCCUGAUGUCAUGUGGUCAGUUAUUGAUAUCUUUACAACGUUUUCUAAAGUUGAUAGCGGCUCAUUAAUAUGGCAGCGGGUCCAAAAAAGUAAUCCAAGCAAAUCCUACAGUUACUCCUUUAAACACUGCUUGUAUGCUGUUGAGACGUUGCUAAGCAAAGUUGAAAAUCCGAACUUUUUGCUGAGAGCGCCGGAGUUUAUUUCACUUGUAACGCUGUGUAAGCUAUUCAACGGUGCUUGGAAAAUUAAAAGGAAAGAAGGAGAGCAUGUCCUUAGGGAAGAUCAAAAUUUCAUCAUAUAUCUGGAGCACACAACCUCGAUCUAUAACACAAUCCAAUCGAUAAACAAAGUGUUGGAGACUUAUAGACCCUUGAUAGAUGAAAGAUAUCUGUUAGAAGCCAUUAGGCUAUUGAAUGAAUUUUUAGGUCACAGAACGCUUCCGUAUAAGUUAGUAUUGGAUGCAUAUGAUGUCAUAGCUUUUACUGUUAGUAAACAAAGUGUGGCGUUUAUGAAUCCUGUACACUGCUUGCUUUCAUAUCUGGUAGAAAAAGUACCAUUGAAGAAAGCCUUCGAAUAUAUGUCAUCAACAAAAGAUUUCUUAACAAUUUCGGAUUUUCCAUUACGUGCAGUUGUGCUAUGCGCACAGAUUGACGUUGGUUUUUGGGUUAGGAAUGGUAUGUCUGUUUUACACCAAUCUUCCUAUUACAAAACAAACCCAGCGCUUGAUGCGUAUAGGAGAGAUAUCCACUUAAAUCAAUUAGCCUUGUUGAGAGAAAAUGAUGAUUUAUCAAGGGUAUUUUAUAAUAUGUUGGACAGGUGGGAGCUAUUGGAAUGGUUUACAGGUGAAGAGCAAUAUGAGCGAAACGUUUACGAAGAGCGUAUAUCUCAUAUCUUACAGCAGUUUGUGGCUUUCUUGUAUCAGAUAUUAACAGAAAGGCAAUUUUUUAGACAUUUUGCUUCCAAUGCUGAACGCGAAGCCCACGAUAUGAAAAACUUUGUCGUGUAUAGUUUAUUGAUGAAACCAUUACCUUACUCGGAACUAUUGAAGGCGGUACCUGAUUAUAUGACGGAUCGUACGGUAUUGUUUGAUAAGGUUUUGAAAGAAAUAUGUGAUUAUAUCGAGCCGAAAGGGUUAGAAGAUAGUGGUGUUUUUAGGCUGAAGACUGAAAUUUACCGUGAAGUUGAUCCGUUACAUUUGCUAAAUAUCAAGAAUGAUUUUGAACAUACGGCAACUAUAAUUAAAACCCACUUAGCCAAUAUGCAUGAAGAUGCAUCAAAAUAUCUACAACCACAACUGCUAAUGCCAAAAUAUAUGGACGAAUUCGCUGCUACUUUGGGAGAUUUUACUAGGACGAGAGUCUUUGCUAAAUUUAUUUACAAGUUGUUGCAGACAUGUAUCGAAAGGGAGGAUGGAACGUAUGCUUAUGAAUUGUUGCACCUACUUCAUGCAAUAUUCAAAGACGAAGAAUUGAUUCGUGGUAAAGAUUCGCUGCCAGAUGCAUACAUUACAAAACCGAUCUGCAACCUGUUGUUACUGAUUGAUUCGAAAUCUAAAGUGUUUUCAGAAAAUGUUUUGGAGAAGGCAGAUUAUUUACUGGAAAAUAUGAUCAUAAAGAAGCCAUCAGAAAUAUUUGAAUCAUUAGUGGCAUACUUCGGGCAAGAAUAUGUUGAGAGCUAUAAGGCAAGGAAAAUUAAUCAGGGAGUUCAUUUCGAAGAAACAGAAAAGGAGCGCAGGAAACGUCUUGCAAAACUCCGCCAGCAAAAGAUUAUGAAGAGAUUCUCUAAACAACAAAGUAAAUUUGCCAAAGAAAAUCAGGAUUUGGUUUCCAAUGACGAGAGUGACAAUAUAGACGUAGAUGCCGAUAAUAUUAACUUUGAGCAUAUCAUGUGUUCGCUAUGCCAAGACGAAAAUUCUGUUGAUAUAUUUGUAAUUCCAGCCUAUCAUGAAAGUUCUCCAGUGUUUUUGUAUGGUGGUGACGUUCCUCAAACUUUUGCUAAGGACUGGGAACCUUUUAAUAACGAUAGCGAAAACUUAACUGUUGAAGACCCCAUAAAGUUAGAUUCAUUUAAAAGUGCUAGCCGCGGGGCAACGAAGACGUUUGUAUCUUGCAAUCACACUAUCCAUUAUGAAUGCUUUAGGCGGUAUGUCCAAAAAAAACGGUUUUCCGAUAACCUAUUUAUUUGUCCAUUAUGUCAAACUUUGUCGAAUUCUGUUCUACCUAUCAGCAGUAACCAAUUCGUACCCAGUAAUGUAACCAUUGAUGAUUUAUUACUGGAACCACAUAACAAAAAAAAUAUUGAAAAGUUUAUCGACGGAAAGAAAGAAGAUAACGUUACUGUAAACGUCCUUAAGGAAAUCUGCAGGAGAAAUGCGUAUUAUCGUGGCGAAUCAGGUUUUGGUGUUGCCCAUGGCUUUGUUGCUUGUUAUUUAGCAUUUCAUUGGGCUAACACUGUCUGUAUGAUUGAAAUAGCAUCCAGAGAUGACAAAAAUCCACAUGCUGCUCUCCUUAGAGGUAAGGAGCAAAAGCUAAAGACAUUAAAGAGUUUAUUGAAUACCAUAUGUUGGUUUUAUAAGUGUUUUGGGCCACCAAAGUCGGAGUAUUACCCGUUCAGUGUUAAGUGUCACGUUAAUCGUCUCUUCCAAUAUAUAACAAGGAAAGCGCUGUUUUCGGACACUCCGAUCUCUGAAACUCUCUCUCACGCGUUUUCUGUAUGGAUUAGGAAUUUGGUGUCAAAGUUCAUAAGCAAUUCGUUCAAGACCGAUUUCGAAGAGGUUUACCAACAAGCUCAGAAUUUGGGAACAAUUUACGAAUCGCCACCAGAAUAUGAACCUUCGUGGAGGCGCCUCAUACCAGCUGAGUGUUUAGAGAAUCCGAUGCUGACAAAAAAGAUAUUUGAUUUGACGUAUACUAUGGUGAUGAAGGCAUUGUUACCAAAUUUGAGGCGCUGUUUGCUGAUGUUGCAAACCUUUUCGGCUGCAUUGUCUUCAAAAACUGAGCUACAGAUAGAAGGAAUCAGUCUACCAGACGGUCUAGAUACAACUGAUUUCCCGACUUACUUCAAUAAGUUAAUAAAACUUCUUACAAAGAGCACCUUUCAAACUUUGUUGGCUAGGUCAGUCAAUGAAACUUAUGAUGAUCCAUUUUUGGAUUAUUAUCGUAUGGAAUACACUGGGGUUGUCAAGUUGGUUAAUUUAGCAAAACACUUGAACACUUACGUAACAAACGCCCAAGAGCUCAAGUUAAGCAAUGAAUCAAAUGCCUUACAAGCAAAGAACGUUAAUAGAUUGGAUUUUAAAAUAUGUCUGACAUGUGGUGUAAAAGUAUACUCAAGGGGAGAUGGAACCGAAUUGGUAAAACAUGUAUCAAAUAACUGUUUCAAGCCAUACGGGCUUUUCUUAAUCCCGCAUGAAAGUGAGGUUAAGUUGGUUUUGCAUCAUCCACAUUCUCACAUCUCAAUACCUGCUCCAUAUCUAAAUUCUCAUGGUGAGAUUGGAAAGAACGCAAUUCAACGCGGUGACUUGGCAACCUUGUCCUUGCAACGUUAUGAACAUCUGAACAACUUAUGGUUGUAUAAUGAGAUUCCUGGAUAUAUAAGCAGAAUUAUGGGUGAUGAAUUUAGGGUUUCGAUCAUUUCUAGUGGCGUGGUGUUCAAUUUUGAUAGAAAUGUUUUGAGAAGGCAGAUGCGCGGAACUGUCGAUCACGAUGUAAGCAGUGAUGAGGAAGACCUUGUUGAUGAUGAAGAUGUGGGUCCUGAUGAAGAAACUAAUCUUAGAUGGGAAGUUACCCCAGAAGAAUUUUUCCGGGAUGGAAUUCUCAGGCUAGGUGGAGGUCCUGGACAAGGAAGGGAUAUUAGGGAUUUCUUCCAAUUCAUCACCAAUCUAAGAACGGAUGAACAAAAUGAAACGCGUGCGUUCCAAUUCACAGGCAAUACGCCUAUAACACAUGAUCAGGGUGGAGAAGAAGGUGGAGAAAGAGAGGAUGCUGAUGCUGAUGCUGAUGCAGAUGCUGAUGCUGAUGCUGAUGGAGAUUUAGAUGGCGAUGAUAGAAGUCGUGACGACGGUGCUGAUAUAGAUCGCCAAUGA